CGGCUUCGUCCUGUAUUGCUUAUUGAUACCGCAAUUGACAGAUAUCCAAGAAUUUGAGGAGACUCUGGUAAUUCCUUCACCCCAAGUGAGCUUAUGCACACAUCUCGGAAAGUGUGUAUCGCACAAAGCGGCUUCCUACCAGCCGUCAAAUUUCUUCGUGAGUUCUUUCCGACAUGUUUUCUCCACUCUUCCUUUCUGGUUUUACCCGACCGGCUAUGGCCAUAUACUGAGAGACUAGACACUAUACUCAAAACGCUUUAGCAAUGGACUUUGGGCCUUCAAGGACAACGGUGGAGAUUCCACCCUUCAACGAGUGGAGAGUAGAGACCCCAAAAAGUUCAUCUAUGUCAUUAAAACUUGAAUCAGGAAACGCUGAGAUUUUUGGAACAGAGUUAUCACCAAACAUUACAUACAUAUUCAAAGACUCACUAAAAUUUGCAGUUUCAACCUUUCAGGGCUGUACUUUGUCCUACACUGCUUCUUCUCCCCCAGAUUCGGAGUACAUUUCCGAAGAGACUAUCCUGAAGCAAGUUUUAAACCUCCAUUUAGCUAUUGAAAAUUUCUCACAGAAUGGCAAGGCACCACGUAUAUUGAUAGUGGGGCCAAAAGAUGCAGGGAAGACCACAUUGGCACGUACAUUAGCUUCCUAUGCGUUGAAAACAUCAGAAAAACUGCCCCUUUUGGUCAAUAUUGAUACACGUUUGCCACAUUUUGCAAUAUCAUCACAGUUAACAGCUGCAAAAGUGUACGACUUGCUUGACGUGGAAACCUUCACCUUUGGCGAGAGCUCAACAACAGGGCCCGGUACUGGUAUAUACAGAUCACAGAUACCAAUUGUCAAAAACUUUGGGCUUGAAAAUUUCACUGAAAAUUUAGAACUUUAUAAAUGUUUAAUCUCUGAACUUUCAGCUGAAGUUGACUUGAAAGUUUCAGCCUCACCUUCUGACUCUGGUACUGUGAUCGUUGACACACCACCCCUGAACGUUUCCGAUUGGAAGCUCAUCCAGCAUAUCGUAGAUUCGUUUCAGGUAAACUUGCUUUUGGUUGUUGGUAAUGAACGUUUGCUUGUUGAUUUACGUAAAAAGUUAACACUAAGUAGUGAUAAUUUUAAAAUGAUUAAGAUUCCACGUUCAAGUGGAUGUGUCGACAAGGAACCAAAAUAUGAAAGGGAUUUGCAGCAGAGAUCAAUAAAGCAGUACUUUUAUGGUGUGGAACGUGCACAACUUAAUCCAUAUACAUUCCAUGGCUCAAUCAAAGAUUUCAUUUUCAUACGACCAAAUGAGCAAGAGAAUGAGAUGGCGUUUUUGGACUUUAUGGCUGGCGAUGCUGAGGAUGAUGCUGAUGAUAACUAUACACCAGCGUUGGUUGAAAACGAUGAAGAUUACGAUCCUAGCUCAGAAGCUACAAAAAAGCCCGUCAGACCUGCAACUAAAAGAAGCUGGAAAUAUCACAAAAUGUUCAAACUCGUAAAAGAACCAAAGGAGACUGACCUUAUGAAUGUUGUACUUGCAAUUAUUGACAGUAAGGAUGUGGAUUUUGGAAAGAUGCUUUCAAACAAAAUCGCCGACGAUGAAAAGCUUAUCUAUUUGAGUAAACACGUCACCUCCAAAAGUGUGCUAGGGUAUUGUUAUGUUUCCGGUUGCGACGACGGAACAGGUAAGCUUAAGCUGCUAAUUCCUUCGCCUGUUACGUCGCUUCCUGGACAAAUAUUAGUGAUAACACAGAUGAGAUAUCAUGAGUGAUUAAACCAUAUAUAUACACUGUAUAAUUAUACUUAAUAAAAUUUUUUAACAACUCUUU